CGACCAAAGAAGGGACACUGACACAUAACUUAUUUUUAAAUACUUGAGAAGAUAAGAAGAGGAAGCAAUGAAUCAAGUCUGAAACACACAGUGAUCAACCAACCACUUUUAGCAAACAUCCAAAGAGAAAAAAAAACAGAGUGAGAGGAACCUCAAACAAAGAAAGACGGAGGAGGAGAAAGAAGAGUUACCGCCGCCAUCCAUGGCGGGUCUUCAGAGAUCCAACAUCUCCUUCCGACGACAGGGCUCUUCUGGUAUAGUCUGGGACGACCGUCUCAUCGCGGAGCUUAACAAACAGGCCAACGAGCACAAAGGCGAAACUGAAGAACAGGAAGGUCAGGAGGACCAAACAGCUGGAGGCGUAAUCAAGCCGAUAAGAACGGAAGGUGGAAUCGAGAGGAGUCGUUCCAACGGAGGAGGAGGAGCAAACCGCCACCAUAGAAACACGGGAAGAGUGUCUCCGGCGGUGGAUCCCCCGUCGCCGAGAUUGUCGGCGUUUGGAUGUUGCUCUGCUUUCGGGAAGAAACCGGUUAAACAGAGGAAAAGGCCACCGAAACGGAGAUCCAGGUAGGGAGUUACCAGAGGAUGAAAAGGGAGCAACGUCAAAGAAGACAGACACACAAAGAAAAAGAGCAUUAAUACAUAUACAUAACAUACUUAGCAAUGUUAAUGAAUACUCAUGUCUUUUUUAUUUUCUAUUUGUGCUUCUUCUGCUGCUUCUUUCUUAAUUUAAACUUGUCUGGACUUAGACGAUGUUUGUAUCUGCUUGGUUUCAGUUUGUUUCCGUUCAUCUUACUUCCCUA